CGGAGCGGCCGGUGGACGGACGUCCUUCUGGAAGGACUCGCCCUCUCACUCAGGAGACUACACGGGAACAAAUAAGUUAGCGAAGUGCACCGCGGGCACUCUGCUAAAGAGUUUAACUCUUUAAAGAAAAAAAAAAACACACCAGAAAAAAAACGUUUCUUAUCUGCGACAAGUGCACGAGACAGAGAAACGGUGCUGGUGGGCCACCUGAUCUGAGGAGAGGGAUUUAUUUUCCUUUCACAUUCCUUAUGGAGCCCUACAGAGUGACUAGCAUUCCUAACAGCGGGCCACAGCGGGGCUACACUCAGCCGCCCCGCCCUUCCAGGCCUCACAGCAAUGGAGCUGGUUCAUAUGGUCUCAGCAUCCGAGUCCAGGGUAUAGACGGACAUCCUUAUGUCGUUCUCAAUAACCAAGACAGGGGUCCUCAGCCCCAUGCUGACCCUAACACUAAUGGGCACGUUGACACGGAAGGCUCCUUUAUUGAGAACUAUCAGGAGUAUGAUUUUAGAGGAGGCAAAGAGGCUGGAUCCAACAGCCCAUUCAUGGAGUACAGGACACAGAAGAUGAUGCAUCCCCCCGGCCCUCAGAAUGGGGUUACUGAAUCGCAAGGAAAGAAACCUUCAACUCUCCUGAAUUUCCAGAAGCACCCUGAGAUUCUACAGCCCUACGAUCCAGAGACCAACUCACUCAAUUUUGAGGGUUUCCGCAGCCUUCCAUCAAAGCCCCACACUGAGACAGGGAACCCUCUCCAGAAUUCCUCCUCCAGAUCUGCUGCACAACUCCCCUCUGCUGGCAGGUCGUCCAGCUUGGAGAGGAACAAAGACCCCGCACAGACGGAGAAAAGACAGGUUUCAUCCCCGAGCACAAGGCCAGCUGAGCAUGAAACGCCUCUUUCGAAGCCAAAGUCCCAGACUUUGCCUGCAGAACCACUGGCUCAGCAUCAGAGCAGGCCACAGGUGGCUCGGCCACAGGUGGCUCAGCCCCAGUCCAAACCUUACCUGACCAGCCUAGGUCCCCCUCAGUUUAAACCGUCUUCUAAACCUCUUCCGGUGCCUGCAGCCCACUCUCAGCCUUUCACUGUGCCCAGUCCCUCGAGUGAGCAGAGCAAGACACCCUGCAGAUCGCCCAGUUCUAUGAGCAGCGCCAACUCCAGCCUUGAGCGCACCCGGCGUGAACCUGAUGUCCUCCCCUUACGCCGGACCGACUCCAGCGGCCCAGUGCUUCAGUCUUCCACCCGCACUCGUCACGCUUCCUCACCCUCUGCCCCUAAAGAUCAGAGGGAUGAACAGAUGGAGGCUCUUUAUGCAGACACUAUUAAUCGCCACGAGAACCGCCGCUACAUUCCCUUCCUCCCUGGUUCAGGCAGAGAUAUCGACACAGGGUCCAUUCCUGGUGUCGAUGAGCUGAUUGAGAAAUUUGACGGCAAAGAUGGCAGCCAUCAACGCAGAGGCCGGGCGGGGCGCAGGAACAGGAUCAACCCAGAGGACAGGAAACGCUCACGCAGCGUGGACAGUGCCCUCGGCCUCAGAAAUAGCUUCUCUGAUGAGUUUAGUCACUUUCAAGGCACAUCAAAGGAGCAUGUCCUGAGGCCCUCCCAGCUGCGGCUGCAGAAGGCAGCCAGCGCCCAGGAGUCCAGGCCCACCGCAGUAAAUGGUAAGGUGGAGGCUGUGGGUCCAUCCACUGUCAGCAGCGCACCUGGCUCCCCCCAGAGCACCAUCUCUAAACACACAGGCUCCAUUCAGGCAUACAAAAAGCCACAGAGCCGCUCCUCUUCGUUACCUUUUAAGAGCAAAGAGAAUGAGCAAAAGGGCCUCUCAGAUGCAAAGGUUUCAGCAACAUCGACAUCUCUGUCCAAGAAAUCUUCCACAGCAGAGAAGAAGCCCAGUUCAGGAGCCGAUGUUCAGGCGACACCUGAUCUCCUGAAAGGUCAGCAGGAACUUUCACAGCAAACACAUGAAGAGACGGCGAAGCAAAUUUUGUUCAGUUACCUUAAAGAUGGAAGCAACGAUAAUGACGAAACCACAAAGAAAAAGGUCAACCUCGUCUUUGAAAAGAUACAGACGCUGAAGUCUCGUGCCACGGCCAGCACACAGGGCGACAACAAAUCGCUGGACCUUGCUGCACAAACCAAAGCUCUACAGGAGCAAAAUGCUGAUCUGGAGAAGGACAUAGUGGAGCUGAAGAAACAGCUGGAUGAACAAAUAAUGGAGAGUCAUGCUGACUCAAAGAAAUCAGCUGGCUUGAAGGAUCUGCAGCAGGAUCUGCAGCGGAGCAUGGAGGAGUGCAAGCGUCUGAAGGAAAAACUGGCCAGAACAGAGGCUGACCUCAAGAACGCAGUGGAAGAGCUUUUUCAGGUGAAGAUGGAGAGGGAGCAGCAUCAGACUGAGAUCAGAGACCUACAAGAUCAGCUGUCAGAGAUGCACGAUGAGCUCGACUCAGCGAAGAAGUCAGCCGGCGAUGCAGAAAAAGACAUGAUUAUGACGGACAUGAUGCAACUGAAGGCAGAGAUGCAGGAACUUCUCUUUGCUAAAGAAGAUCAGGAAGAGAUGCUGAGGAGGCGUGAAAGGGAGCUAACAGCUUUGAAGGGAGCACUGAAGGAAGAAGUGGCCGCUCAUGACCAGGAGGUGGAUAAGAUGAAGGAGCAGUAUGAGAAGGAAAUGAGCAGACUGCAAUCAUUGCUGGAAGAGGCCAAGCAGAGCAGCGCAGCAGUGGUCCAAGAGAAAGCUGAAGUAGAGGCAGCCAAGGGUGCAGCGGAAGGCCAAGCAGGGCGGCUGACCCAAGAAGCCGAGCGACUGCACAGGCGGGCGCAAGAGCUGGAGAAUGAGGUGGCCAAGCUCAACCGAAUCAUCGAUGAGGCCAAGCUUCAGGAGAGCAGGCUGGGGGACAAAGCCAGCCGGCUGGAGCGAGAUAAAAAGCAGUUGGAGGAGUCUUUGGCUGAAAUUAAGGAGGAAGAAGAAGAGAUGGCCCGUGCUAACAGGGCGUUGACCCUCCGGCUGGAGGAUGUGCAGAGGAAUUUGGCCAAACUGAGCAAUGAACAUAAAGAGCUGGAGCUGACCUUACAAGAAGAGAAGACUCAGAAAGAGCAGUUCAAGAACAUGAAAAACAACAUAGAGGACGAAAGGAGGUUGCUGGACCGUACUGUGGAGAAACUUCAGAGGGAGAUGAACGAUAUUGUGGAGGCGUCUCAGUCGUCCACUCAGGAGCUGCAGGAGCAGAUUGACAUUUACAAGGAGAAGAACCGGCGAGAGCUGACUGAGCUGCAGCGGCUUCUAAAGGAACGAGGGCAGGAGCUGGACAAAUGCCUGCAGGCCACCAAAGCUCUGCAGGGCGAGUUGUCCCUUAGGGAGGCGGACCUGCGGCAGUGUCAGAGGGAGCGAGACCAGGCUGUUGACAAUGAGCAGAUGCUGGAGAAGAAGGUUCAAGAUCUGGAGAUGGAGACUGAGAAAAAUGCCAACGCUAAGGAAGAGAAAGCACGGCACCUCAAACUCAUGGAGGCCAGGCUCAGUCAGCUGCAGCUGGACCUGGAUGAAGAGCGUCAGAGUGGAGAUCAGCUGAUGAACAGGAUAGACCGAGGCAGAGAGCAGUCGUGCUCCUCUGAGCUCAUCUUAUUGGAGUUGAGACGUGAGGCUACCGAGACUGUGGCUAAUUGUUGUCGGACUGUGUGGCUGCAAAGCGAUGACUGUCUGGGCUGGGCUCGACAGGUGGAGCAGAUGAGGAAUGAACUCCUGCAGGAGAGGGCUAGCAGACAGGACCUGGAGUGUGACAAGAUUGCUCUGGAGAGACAGAAUAAAGAUCUGAAGGCCAGAGUGGAUCAUUUGGAAGGCUCCCACAAGUCCAGUAAGGAGGGCCUGGUGACCCAGCUGGAGACUCGCGUACAGGAGCUGCAGGAGAAGCUGGAGGGGGAGGAAAGGGAGAAGGCAAACCUGCAGAUGGCAAACCGCAGAUUAGAGAGGAAGGUAAAAGAGAUGAUCAUGCAAGCCGAAGAGGAACAUCAGACAAUCCAAGAUCAAAAGGACCAACUGAAUCUGCGACUAAAGGCCCUGAAAAGGCAGAUGGACGAGGCUGAGGAGGAGAUAGAUCGUCUGGAGCACGGCAAGAAGAAGCUGCAGCGGGACCUGGAUGAGCAACAGGAGGCCAACGAGCAGCUCCAGAGUCAGCUCAAGGCUCUGCGCAGCGAGAUCAGGCGUAAGAGCUCCUCCGCUCCGCUCCUCAACAGCCUGGAUGACGACGACGACGACGAUGACAUCAGCACCGACGGGGAGACGUACUUCAGCUCUUCCUCAGGGUACAAGCGCUCCUCCAGUCAAGACAACAUUCUGUCAACUCUCACUCUAUAAUCAUACUCCAAAAAUACAGCUUAUUUCUAAACACCACCGUUGGAUCAAAUGCUGAAGAAAGGUGCGCUGCCUUUGUAUUAUACUAAAUUUUGAGUGUACAUAAUGAGACUUUCCUGCACAGGCGAGGAGUUGUUUUUCAUUCGUUUUUUUAUUUUAUUUGUUUUUUGUAAGCAGCGGUCAUAUUCUCCUGGAUUUGAACUUGGAGCAGUCUUGAUGUGAAUAAAGUCACUCAGUAUUAUUUGAGCAGCUCUUUGAUUACUGGAUGAAAUUGGAAAGGUUCUGAUAAACCCUGUGCCCAAGAAAUCGAGUGUAUAUUUUUCUUUAAUUAGCUUGUUUUACAUUCCUUCGUCAGGUUAUUCUCUUCACCCUCAUUAGUUUAAAGUAUAUAUUUUUUACAUAACGGAGAUGCUUGUCGCUUGUUGUUAUUAUUUUAGGGGUAGUGAACUUGAAAACAAACAUUUGCACUGUAAAGCAACAAAACCAGUACUUCUUUUGUCAACAAUAUGAGGUUAGUUUUUAUGCCUAUCAAAUGUUACAGCUACAUGUCCAGUGUCCAAAUAUAUUCUUUUUGUACCGUCCAGUCACAUAAACUAUACUCACUUUUUACUUUUUUUUUUUUUUUUUUAAUUGAUGAAUU